GCCCGGCCCGCCGGGGCGGCUGUGGGGCGGCCUGAGGGACCCGCCGCCUCCUGCCGCGCCGCGCCGAGGCAGGGCAGGGCAGGGCAGGGCAGGGCGCUGCUGGGCCGGCGCUGCGGCGGAGGGGCGGCCCGGCCCCGCCGGUUGAACCGACCGACGGAGCGGCGAAGCUUUGGCGGGGGGAGACAGCCCCCUCCCCCUUUCCCCCCCCUCCAUGGCUCUGGAUUUAUAAUACGCGGCGCAGAUGGCGGGGCCGGGUCCCCGCGCCGAGCGCUGCCCCGCCGGCCGCUGAGGCGAGGAAGGGAGCGGCGGCGAUGGGGGGCGGCGGCUGCCGGCGGGAUUAGUUGUUGCGCGACGUGGAAAGCACACACAUGAUGAAGAGGAGCUCUCGGCUCUCCUAAUCCUUUGUCGGUGAUUUGGAAGCAGCAGCCGUGCCUACUCUUUCGACAUGUCGGGAUCUACGCAGCCCGUGACGCAGAGCUGGCGCGCUGCCGAGCCACGUUACCCCCCGCACGCCAUGUCCUAUCCGGUUCAGAUUGCUCGACCACAUGCGGACGUGGCACUGUUGGAGUACCAGCAUCAUUCCAGGGAUUUUGCUUCCCACCUCCCGCCGGGGUCUAUCAUGCAGCCGCAGCGGCGGCGGCCAUCCCUGCUCUCCGAGUUCCAGCCGGGCAAUGAAAGAUCUCAGGAGCUGCACCUGAGAACAGAGGCGCAUUCCUAUCUCUCUGACCUGACCAAGCCAUCGGACUUGGAGUUCAUUGAAACCAAGAGGCCGCGCCUGGAUCUGCUGCAGGACCCCCUGAUGAGGCACUCGCCUCUCCUGAACCAGAGCCAGCAGGGAGGGACGGAGGAUCUCUCAAAGGAUCGUGGCCUGCCUGGCAAACUGGAGCCCGUGUCGCCUGUGAGCCCGGCUCACCCCGACGCCGAGCUGGACCUGCUGCCGGCCCGUCUGUCGAAGGAGGAGCUCAUUCAGAACAUGGACCGUGUGGACCGCGAGAUCACCAUGGUGGAGCAGCAGAUCUCCAAGCUGAAGAAGAAGCAGCAACAGUUGGAGGAAGAAGCAGCCAAACCACCAGAGCCUGAAAAACCCAUCUCCCCGCCUCCUAUCGAGUCCAAACAUCGCAGCUUGGUGCAGAUCAUCUACGACGAGAACAGGAAGAAGGCAGAGGCUGCCCACCGGAUCCUAGAAGGACUGGGUCCCCAGGUGGAGCUGCCAUUAUACAACCAGCCUUCAGACACCAGGCAAUACCAUGAAAACAUUAAAAUAAACCAGGCAAUGCGGAAAAAGUUAAUUUUGUACUUUAAGAGGAGAAAUCAUGCUCGCAAACAGUGGGAACAGAAGUUUUGCCAGCGCUAUGACCAGCUGAUGGAGGCCUGGGAAAAAAAAGUGGAGCGCAUUGAAAAUAACCCCCGGCGCCGUGCCAAAGAGAGCAAAGUGCGGGAAUACUAUGAGAAGCAAUUCCCAGAGAUCCGGAAGCAGCGGGAACUGCAAGAGCGCAUGCAGAGGUUAGAGGAGAAGCGCAGGGUAGGACAGAGGGGCAGCGGCGGGCUCUCCAUGUCGGCUGCACGCAGCGAGCACGAGGUGUCAGAAAUCAUCGACGGGCUCUCAGAACAAGAGAACCUGGAGAAGCAGAUGCGCCAGCUCGCCGUCAUCCCGCCCAUGCUCUACGAUGCUGACCAGCAGCGCAUUAAAUUCAUCAACAUGAACGGCCUCAUGGAUGACCCCAUGAAGGUCUACAAGGACCGGCAGGUGAUGAACAUGUGGAGCGAACAGGAGAAGGAGACCUUCCGGGAAAAGUUCAUGCAGCAUCCAAAGAACUUUGGCCUGAUCGCAUCCUUUCUGGACAGGAAGACAGUGGCAGACUGCGUCCUGUAUUACUACCUGACCAAGAAGAAUGAGAAUUACAAGAACCUUGUGAGACGGAAUUACCGGCGGCGCGGGAAGAGCCAGCAGCAGCAGCAAAUGCCCCGGAGCAGCCAAGAAGAGAAAGAUGAAAAAGAGAAAGAAAAGGAGAAGGAGGGAGAGAAGGAGGAAGACAAGCAGGAAACAGAAAACGACAAAGAAGAACUGACAAAAGACAAGAACGACGACACGUCUGGAGAAGACAACGAUGAGAAAGAAACUGUCACCUCCAAAGGUCGCAAAACUGCCAACAGCCAGGGCAGGCGCAAAGGCCGCAUCACCCGCUCCAUGGCGAACGAAGCCAACAACGAGGAGGCGGCCGCCCCGCAGCAGAGCGCGGAGCUGGCUUCUCUGGAGAUGAAUGAAAGCUCUCGCUGGACCGAAGAGGAGAUGGAGACGGCUAAAAAAGGUCUCCUUGAGCAUGGGCGGAACUGGUCAGCCAUUGCCAGGAUGGUGGGCUCCAAGACUGUGUCACAGUGCAAAAACUUCUACUUCAACUACAAGAAGAGGCAGAACCUGGAUGAGAUCCUACAGCAGCACAAACUGAAAAUGGAGAAAGAAAGGAACGCCAAGAGGAAGAAGAAAAAAGGCGCCACGGUUCAAAACGAAGAAGCCGCCUUCCCUCCCGCAGCUGAGGAUGAGGAGAUGGAGGUGUCGGGGACGAGCGGCAACGAGGAGGAGAUGGCCGAGGAGGCGGAAGCUGCAGUAAAUAACAGCUCCGACACCGAGAGCAUUCCCUCGCCGAGGCCCGAAGCCAAAGAAGGAGGCGAAAACGGGGCCAAGGCACCACCCGGGCCAGGAGGUGACUCUGCCGCAGAACCGGCAGUCAAGUUGGAAGAGGCUCCAACACCCCCCGACGCUCCCCCCACGCCCCCCACCAACCCCGCUCCUGCCGCCAGCCCUCCGCCACCGGAGGCAGCUCCCGAGCCGCCCAGCAGCGAGGAGAAGGUGCAGGAGGACCUGGUGGUGGACGUGGUGAAAACGGAGGAGCCGGAGGAGAAGGCGAACGAAGAGCCCUGCAAGAGCGAGGUGAAGAAGGAGGAGAGCGAGGACAGCCAGGAGAAGGACAAGGGGAAUGACAAGAAGGCAGAAAGCGGCGUCAACGGUGGAGGGACAGCGGGGACGGAGGGGACGCCCAAGGCCGAGAAGAAGGAAAGCCAUAAAGGCAGUAAAGGCCCCGGGGUGAACCCCGACAGCGACUCCAGCGCGACCUGCAGCGCGGAUGAGAUGGACGAUCAGGAUGCUGUGGACAAGAGCAGGUUGCUGUCCCCCCGGCCCAGCCUGCUCAACACCGCCAGCGAUGCCAGGCUGAACUCCUCGCCGCAGAAGCCGCUGGACCUGAAACAGCUGAAGCAGCGUGCUGCUGCCAUCCCUCCCAUCAUUUCCGAAGGUUUCUCAGAAGGGCUGUUGCAGAGUGGAAGUGUGAAGCCUCAGGUGCCUCCCCAUGCCUUGGCCCUCUACCAGCAGCAGAUCACAAAAGCCCACGAGUCUGCCCGCGAGGACAUGCCCCCGAGCAAGCUAUCGCAGUCCCAGCAGCAGCAAGCUGAGAAGGAGCAGCAGCAGCCAAGCAGCAGUCCCAGGGGAAAGAGCAGGAGCCCCGCUGUUGGUGACAAGGAAGAAAAGUCCGUGCAUUUCUCAUCCAUCGCAGAGGCUCAGAAGCUGAGCGCGGAGCCGACGGCCGCCUCGUGCUGGCCCCCUGUCCUGUCCUACUCCCGGGAUGUGAUAAAAACCUCUCCCCAGGUGGAACCGCACUUGUUUCAGUAUAACCCACCAGGACAUCCCAUCCCGCUAAACCUGCAUGAGAGCUCUCGCUCGGGGCUGCAGAGGCUAGCGAGCAUCUCCAACCCUCCUCCCCUCAUCUCCUCCACCAAGCACCCCUCCGUGCUGGAGAGACCCGUCGGAUCCAUUUCCCAGGGCAUGCCCAUCCAGCUCCACACGCCCUACAGCUCCGAGCACGCCAAGGUCCCCGUCGGCUCCAUCACCAUGGGCCUGCCGCUGACCAUGGAUCCCAAGAAACUGGGUAAGAAACUGGGAGUGCCUUUUCCUGGAGUAAAGCAGGAACAACUUUCUCCUAGAAGCCAGGCCAGCCAGCCAGAAAGUCUGGUUCUGCAGCCGUCCCAGGAGGGCUCCAUCCUGCGGGGUACUUCCCUCAGCUCUGCCUCGGGAGGGAGCAUCACCAAGGGAACACCCACAUCCAGACCCCCUCCGGAGUCGCCCAUCACCUACCGAGGGUCCAUCACACACGGCACCCCGGCAGAAGUGCUGUACAAAGGAACCAUUACCAGGAUAAUCGGAGAAGACAGCCCCAGCAGAGCAGAGAAGGCGAGAGAGGAUGCCAUGCCCAAAGGACAUGUCAUCUACGAAGGGAAGAAAGGCCACGUGCUGUCCUAUGAGGGUGGAGUUGCUGCUUCUCAGUGUCCCAAAGAAGACAGCAGGAGCUCAGGAGCUUCACAUGAGACGACAGGAACCAAGCGGACUUACGAUAUGAUGGAGGGGAGGAUCAACCGGGGCUUAUCAGCCCGUGAUACCUUAUCUGCCAGCAUUGAAGGACUCAUGGGUCGAGCGAUCCCUCCAGACCGACACAGUCCCCAUAACCUAAAGGAGCAGCAUCACAUGCGGGGCUCAAUUACACAAGGAAUACCUCGGUCCUACGUGGAGGCCCAUGAGGACUACCUCAGAAGAGAAGCCAAACAGCUCAAGAGGGAAAACACUCCACCGAGGGACUUACCUGAUGCCUACAAGGUCAGGUCUCAUGAGGGCCUUACUCCUCUGAAAAUGAAACCAGCCCAUGAAGGCCUGGUGGCCACGGUGAAAGAAGCAGGAAGAUCAAUCCAUGAGAUUCCCCGGGAGGAGCUGAGGCGGACACCAGACAUCUCUCUGACGAGACCUCUGAAGGAAGGCUCCAUCACGCAGGGUACUCCACUGAAGUAUGACAGCGGUUCUUCCUCCUCGAGUACCAAAAAGCAUGACGUGAGGUCCAUCAUUGGCAGUCCCGGCAGGACUUUUCACUCUGUGCACUCACUGGAUGUCAUCCAAGACCCGAGGAAUCUGGAGAGAGCUUACGAAGAGAGCCUGAAAAACAGGCCAAGCCCGGUGACAAACUCGGGUGGCUCCAUCGCCAGAGGGGCUCCUGUGAUUGUACCCGAGCCAGGCAAGCCCCACCAAAGUGCCCUCGCCUACGAGGACCACCAGGCAGGGCACAGCACGGCGUUUGGCAGCCACUUACACAGAGGGUCUCCGGUCUCCACACGGGAGUCCACACCACGGCAGCAUGAAGGGAGCAUCACUGCCGGGAAGCCGGUGGCCCAGGACAGAAAGAUCACCCCCACAUCGAGAGAGCUCACCAACUCCAAGUCUCCGCACGCCCCCGUGGCUGACCACCACCACCCCAUCUCCCCGUACGAGCACCUGCUCCGCGGCGUGAGCGGGGUCGACCUGUACCGAGGACACAUCCCGCUGGCUUUCGACCCCGCUGCCAUCCCGAGGGGCAUCCAACUGGAAGCAGCUGCUGCUUACUACCUGCCGAGGCAUCUGGCUCCGAGCCCCACGUACCCCCACCUCUACCCCCCGUACCUCAUCCGGGGCUACCCGGACACGGCCGCCAUGGAGAACCGACAGACCAUCAUCAACGACUACAUCACGUCCCAGCAGAUGCACCACAACGCCGCAGCCACCGCCAUGGCGCAGCGGGCGGACAUGCUGCGCGGCUUGUCGCCCCGGGAGCCCUCCCUCGCCCUCAACUAUGCAGCAGGCAUCAUCGACCUGUCCCAAGUGCCACACUUGCCCGUCCUUGUGCCCCCUACCCCCGGCACCUCUGCCACCACCAUGGACCGUAUCACCUACAUCCCCGGGCCCCCCCAGACCUUCGGCAGCCGGCACAGCAGCUCCCCGCUCUCCCCAGGAGGCCCCACGCACAUGACCAAACAGUCAGGAUCGUCGGUGUCUGAGCGGGAACGGGAGCGGGAACGGGAGAGGGAGCGUGAAAAAUCCAUCCUAGCAUCCACUACGGUGGAGCAUGCACCCAUCUGGAGACCAGGUACGGAGCAGUCCAGCAGCCGUUCAUCCUCGCACUCUCACAGCCACCAGCACUCUCCCGUCUCGCCCCGCACCCACGAGACCAUCCAGCAGCGCCCCAGCGUGCUUCACAACACGAGCAUGAAGAUCAUCUCCUCGGAGACCCCCACCCCUUCCGUCCUGCGAUCCUCCUCCACCACUACCACGUCACCGAUCCGCUCUGCCGCCUUCCCCUCGGCCUCCACCCUGCGCUCCUCCAUGAGCGCGGCGGACAGCUACGUGGCCCCGAUGGACCCUGCCGUCCUGCAGAAAGAGGCCUCGAGGGCACGGGAAGCCAAGGCAGAACGACCCCAGACUGACAACAGCGUCUUCACCUCAAAGCUGCCCAGUGGGGCCAACCUCGAACAGUCGCCUUCACCCAUUAAAGCCAUGGAGUCGAGACCUUUACCCGCCCCCGGACCUGGUUCUUCUCAUCACUAUAGCAGAGGGCAGGGGAAAAGCCAGCAGCACCAUCACCCUCUGGACCAGCAGCAUGCAGCCUCGGGCCCCGAGCAGCACAGUAGAGAAAAGAGUCAAAGUAAACCCUUUUCAAUGCAGGAACAGGAGCUCCGAGCACUCGGUAAGACCACCACAACAGCGGCCAACUUCAUAGAUGUGAUUGUCAUGCGCCAAAUGUCUUGUGAUAAGGGGCAGCGAGAAAGAGGCUCACUAAGUAACAACUCCACUAGUGAUGGCUUUCACGGAGGCUACAGCCCUGAGCGGAUGGAAGCAGUGAGUCCCGUGAGCUCGCCCAGCCUGUCCCAUGAGAAGGGGGCCAAGCUGCUGCAGGAUGCAGAGAAGGGGCACGGGGAGCAUGACCUGAGGCAGAAACAGCAAGGCUCGCUGAAGGCCUCAGCUCCCGAAGCAGCCCACCUGCAGCACCUCCGGCAGCCCGACGGCUCCCAGCCCCAGUGCCAGCCCCUGCAGUCCAGCCAGAGCAUCAAGGGCAUGAACCAACGGGUGGUCACGCUGGCCCAGCACAUCAGUGAGGUCAUCACACAGGACUACACACGCCAUCACCCACAGCAGCUCAACUCCCACAUCCAGACCCCGGUGUACUCCUUCCCUGGGGCCACGUGCCCCGUGCUGGACCUGCGCCGAACCCCCAGCGACGCGUAUCUGCAGCAGCAGGAGCAUGUGGCAGCCUCCAGGAUCUCCCCGCAGAAUGAAGGAGGCAAAAGGUCCCCGGAGCAGAGCAAAGCCUCGGCCGGGAGCGGGUCGGACAACUGUAUCGAGCCGGUGUCUCCACCAGACGGCGUGGGAGAAUCGGAGCACGCCAAAAGCGCCACAUACCCGCUCCUGUACCGCGAGGGCGAGCAGAUAGACCAGAGGAUGGGGUCCAAGUCCCCAGGAAACAACACUCAGCCUCCAGCUUUCUUCAGCAAGCUGACUGAAAGCAACUCUGCCAUGGUGAAGUCCAAGAAACAGGAGAUCAUCAAGAAGCUCAGCACGACCAAUAAAAAUGAAACGGAGUACAAUGUUGGGCAGCCUGGGACAGAGAUUUUCAAUAUGCCGGCGAUUACAGGAGCAGGGCUAAUCAGUUGUAGGAGCCAGUCGGUCCAAGAGAAUUCCAGUACCAACAUGGGGUUGGAGGCAAUAAUUAGGAAAGCCCUAAUGGGUAAAUAUGACGAGCAGUGGGAAGAGCGCUCACCUCUCAGUGCCAAUGCUUUUAACUCUCUGAAUGCCAGUGCAAGCCUGCCCGCUGCUAUGCCCAUAACUCCUGCUGAUGGACGAAACGAGGACGUGCGCUCCUUGCCAGGAGGAGGGGGGAAGCCAAAGAUCGCUGCCAGACCCAACAGCCGCAAGGCCAAGUCCCCGGCGCCGGGUCUGUCCUCGGGCGAGCGGCCGCCCUCCGUCUCCUCGGUGCACUCGGAGGGGGACUGCAACCGGAGGACGCCCCUCACCAACCGCGUCUGGGAGGACAGGCCGUCGUCCGCAGGUUCGACGCCGUUCCCCUACAACCCGCUCACCAUGCGGCUCCCCAGCGGGGUGGUGACGGCCGCCCCCGCCGCCCCCCUGCCGCAGGGGACCCCCGGCAGCCAGCACCACGCCUGGGACGAGGAGCCCAAGCCCCUGCUCUGCUCCCAGUACGAAACCCUCUCGGACAGUGAAUGAAGCGAGCCAGGGGCAAGGAGACGGCGACCAAACCCCGGGGCCCGGGGAGCGAGUGGGACACCCGGGGCGAGCGCCCACCGCCCCGGCCCCCCCGGCUCUCACGAGCGAAGAUGCAGGAGCAGAGCUGUUUUAUUUUUUCCUUGUUUUUUUCUCCUUUCCCUCCCAGCAAGCCAAUUUGGGGGAAUGUGGUUUUUUGUUUUGUUUUGUUUUGUUUUUUAAUUUUUGUUUUGUUUUGUUUUUUUCCUUUCUCAACAUCUGGAAAUUUCUGCAUCCUCUUCGGUUUGAUAAAAAAAAAAAAAAAAGAAAAGAAAAAAGCCUUAACAAGACAAAACCCAAGGAACCCAUCUUCGAUCUUGGCAGCCUUGCUGGGCGGUGACCCCUGCGCUCGAGAGGGACUGUGAGCGGCCGCGAGCGCUCGGACGCUCUGCUGGCACGCUCCCACAAAGUCGAGUGAGGGGGCUGUGCCACAGAAAUGCUAAACCUUGAGCGGGUUAAAGAAGAAAAAAAAAAAAAAAAAAAGAUUUAAGAAGUGAAAUAGGAUGGAACGCCCCAGUUUGGUUCCCCCCAGCUGAUCUGAGGGCAGGUUGCCUGUCAUACCUGUGUCACAAGAUGUAUCAGCCCCACAGCGGUCUCAAACGUGGCUGGGAUGAGCGGGCAGGGGAGGGAGUGAAGAGAUAUUUCUUAAAAAAAAAAAAAAAAAAUAAAAAUAAAAAAUCCUGGUCCCUUCGGUGGAAGCGAUCCCGGGCUUAAAUCGGAGCGGGCAGGGUUGUCCCCGGGCUGGCUCGCGCGCUGCCCAUGUAGGGGCUCGGUUGCUUUAAGUGCAUUGUUUUCUGAAUGGUGAGAAAAGGCAAUUGUAAAUUGUAUUGGUCUACAGGGUAUAUUUUUGAUACCUUCAGUGAAUUAUGUCAAUAUUUUACGCAAGGAAGGACUUAAACAAAACACAGUAUUACAUGCUGUAAAAGAGGUUCUGUUCUUACAUGCAGGCUUUGAUGCGUUUGUCCAUUGUAUGGAAGGGUUUAAAAAAAAAAAAAAAAGGAGGUAACAAUGAUCCAUCAAAGUUAUCUGUAAGUCAGGAGAAUGUAUGAACUUAGUUUAAAAAAAAAAAAAAAAAAAAAAAAAAACCAAACAAACCAACAAAAUCUUGCCGUGGUUGCAGGGCCCCCCGUUACACACACCUUUGCUGACUCAGCAGAAAUCAUUUGCUGGUUGUAGACGUUGAUUCUCCAGAGCCCUCCGAGCUGGCCGGGUGCAGGGGCAGAGCGGGCAGGAGGCCGGCGUGGCAGGGAGUACACAGGAAACUUUAAAAAAAAAAAAAAAAAAAAAAAAAAGAAGAAAAAAGGAAAAAAAAAGUUUUUAUUGUAUUUUUGUGAUACACAUGAAUGCUCUACUUUACAUUAUUUUUUUCAUUCCAUGAUGUUGGCUCAUAUCUGCAGUUACAUGGUUAAAGAACAAAAUAUUAGACUUUUUUUCAUUCACUUCUGCUUUCUCGCUCUGGGGGGAAAAAAAAUGGCAAAAAAAAAAAAAAAAUAAAAUGUAUUAAAUGCUUUUCAUUCUAUACGCUAGAGGAACCCAGAGCACGGCACAGACUUUCUGCCUCUCCGGCUGCUGGGUGGGCAGCCGGCCCCCGCGGCCGAGGCGCCGUCACCUUCCCGAUGGAUCUUUCUUUUCCCCCUGCGACGUUCCCAGGUUGAUUCUGAUUUCAAAGGAAGAGAAUGAUGGUGUUUGUUGUUUGUUUGGGGUUUGUUUUUGUUUUGUUUUGGUUUUUUUGGUUGGGUUUUUUUUUGUUUGUUUUUUUACAAUGUACAGGUUUUUAAUGUUCAUCAAUGUUUGUGUCUUUUCUGUUGUGCUUUUUUUUUUUUUUUUUAAAAAGAAAAAAAAUCAGAGACAAUGCACAAGCGAUGUGGAAGUCUUUCCGUUCCCAGGUUAUUGCUGCUGGUGUCUCCAUGGCUCUGAGAUGUAAAAACCAACAGAGCUGAUGUCUGGGCAUAACUCUAUUACACUGUUGCAGAAUUUGCUGGGAAGAAAAAAAAAAAAAAAUAAUAAUCCAAAUCCAACCCAUCUUCAAAGCCACCUCCUUAAUCUAUUCGGAAAAAUUAUCAAAAAAAAAUCCCCACAACGAAGAAUAAAGUUCCCACUUGGCACAGUA